GAAAUGUUGAGCGAUUAUCAAGGUGAAGCAUGUCAAAUAUUUCUAAACUAAACAAACAUCCCUCUUAUUUGUGAUAAACAUUGAGUGUUCGUUAGUAAGUAGUUGAAAUUUGUUGAUAUUAUCAACUAUGUAUUUGGAGCACAUACAAAAUAACCGGUAGUAAUUUAUCAACUUAAGAAGAAACUUCUCGAUAUAGAUUUCUAGUUGAAAUUGGGCCUAAAAUGAGUCAACCUGAGAAAGAAAAGUCCAAACAAGGCAUGAAAAAUAUACCAAAGGAUGGUCAAGUGAUCAUGGCAAUGAUGAAAGAAAUGGGUAUUAAUGAGUUUGAUCCAAAAACCAUCGUCCAAUUAUGUGAGUUUGUUUAUAGAUAUGCGACGUCAGUAUUAGACGAAGCUAGAAUGUAUGCUAAUAAUACAAAAAAGAAAUUUCUUGAUGCAGAAGACGUGAGAUUAGCAUUACAACUGACUAACGAAUCAAGUUUUGUUAUUCCACCUCCACGAGAAAUUAUUCUGGAAUGUGCACAUGUAAAAAAUUAUACUCCCCUACAACCUGUGAAACCUCAUUGUGGAUUACGCUUACCUCCUGAUCGUUACUGCCUAUCUCAAUGCAAUUACUCCUUGAAACAAGCAGCUUCAAUAUAUAAAAAAAAUAAAGCGAAUUAUAUUGUUUCUGGAGCAUCAACAGGAUUGAAAAUCACUACUAAACCAAAUGUGAGUUAUAUUAAAAGAAGUAAUGCACCUGUCGGUGUUACUAAACAAACAGUCACAAUACCCAAGCCCAAAAUAACUACAAAUUUGAACCUUCAACCUCAAAAGACUGUUUUAAAACCCAAAAUUCAUAUUACUCAAAACUCGCACUCGCAGUUACAACUGCCAGUAUCAAGUUUAAGUAAUAAUGGUUCAAACUCUAUGGAUACUAUGGAAAGUUUGAAGAGAAAAAGAGAAGAUGAGGAUGAAGUAGAAGGAAUGUGAUCAAGUACUUAUUUUGUAUUUGUUAAUUUGAAUAUUCUCUAUUACAAGUUUGCCUAAUAUCUCGAAUGGUUUGUUAUUUUAUUAAAGAAUUUGGAAUUGA